CGAGUGUCGACGUGAUUAGUACUUUACGUAUUUUUAAAUAUAAUUAUAAAACAUUUUGUUAAUAAUAUUGAUACAAAUUUUUUCAUUAGGAAUAAUUCUUGUCGACGAAAUGAAACUUUCGCAGUCGUUGACAUUUAAUCGCGAAAAUUUAAAAUUCGAAGGCUUUACAGAUUUGGGAAAAUGGACACCUGAUAAUAAAAAAAAGGGAGACCACGCCUUGGUUUUCAUGUAUCAACCAUUUAGAGGGAAAUGGGUACAAACAUUGGGCUGCUUUUUAAGUGUCGGAAGUGCAUCUGGCACUGUUCUCCAUAAAUUAUUGCUGGAAGCUAUUGCACUCACAGAGAAAAGUGGUUUCUUUGUUGACGCUGUAGUGACUGAUGGUGCCAGUUGGUACAGGUCAAUGUGGAAUAUGUUUGGAGUUACAGCUGAGGAAGUCAGUGUAUGUCAUCCUUGUUGUGAUGAAAGAAGGCUGUGGUUUUUAUCCGAUUUUCCACACUUGAUAAAAGCACUUCGAAACUUUUUAAUAAAAUUUUCAAAAUAUGACAUAAUCUAUACUCCAGAUGGCUGCAUCAGUUUAAAGCAUUGGUAUGCUUUAUUGGAACUUUUAAAUCAGCUCUCGUACGAUUUAAAAGUUAAUUAUACGCUUCGUUUAGAUCAUUUGGAACCAAAAUAUUUCCAAAAAAUGAAUGUGGCUUUAGCAUUCCAAUUCUUUAAUAUUCACCACGCCUUGGAAAUUUACGAAAAUCGUCACAUAGAUUUGGAAGAUUGUGAGGGAUUUAAAAAAUUCUGCAAGAGAAUAACAUCAUUAAUUAAAUCUAUGAACAGUCGUACUGCUUUCGAGGCAAUGACUCCUAAAAAUGAAAUUUGGAAGACCGUUGAGGAGUUUGUCGAAUAUCUUGAAGAAUGGCUGAAACAAGCGAAUGAGAAUCCUAAAGCACAAUAUGAAUUUAUGAGCAGCAACUGUUGUUAUGGUUUAAAAGUAUCACUUAAAGCUGCAAUGGAGAUUUGCACCUUUUUAACUGACCAUUGGUGUAAUGUGGAAGGACCUGAAAUUUUCAAAGUUUUACUUUCUUUGGAAGAUGUUGGAGAUUCUAUUGAGAGGAAGGAACAAUGGGAAAGUAUUUUAGAUACAAUUAUUGAUAAAGGCUCUUGCAUUGAUUAUACGGAUGAAAAAGUUAUAAAAGAGCAUGACUAUUGCUAUUCUGAAGCAUCUACUUAUGCUAUAACUUACGUUUCCGGUUAUGUAAGUAGGAAAGGAUCAAGAUUUACGAAAUUCCUUACGGAAAACAAACCUUUCAUUUGUAAGGAGUGCUCCUCCAGUUUAAUUUUGGCUGACGGAAAUACAAUUCCAGAACGCCAUAAAUUAAUUGAAAUGAAAACGAAAGGAUUUCUAAAACAUCCUUCCCAACGUUUGUAUAAUUUGAUUUGCGUGCUUGAAAAGGCAAUCUCAAGUGUCAUUAAUGAAAAAGAUAUUCAGUGUGAUACCUUUUUUCAAGUUACGCAAAAACUCUAUGAUUUAUCUCCCAUACCCUUCGUAGGAUGCGAAGAACAUAAAGAUGGUUUAACGAGACGAAUCUUAAACUUUUACUUAACAACGCGCAUGCUGCUUGUGUGUAAAAAAAAAAACAUAAACGACAGUGAAGAACGAAAACAAAUAAAAGAAAAACGAAAAUCUGCUAAACUUGUAGCUGUCACUAAAAAGAAAAUUUUAAAGUCUACAAGUAAAGAAAUGGAUUGCUGCGAAGAUCCAACAAAAAUUGCUCUGAAGAAAAAACGAGUUUAUAAGAAAAAAUGA